AUGAGAGUUACCCCCAUCUUGCUCGCCGCCUGGGUGACCCAGGUCCUUGCCCAGAAACACAACACUGUGGAUAAGUGCCAUACUGCCUGCUUCCGAAACGUUAUUGAUAGCCCUCCAUCUGAUCUGGGGUGCGCUGCCGGUGACAUGAAAUGCUUUUGCAAGGAAGGCAGCAAUUUCCAGAAUGCCGUUCGUGAUUGUGCUCAAGCAGCCUGUGCGGAGCAAGCCGCCGGUAUUGUCAUCAAUACAGCUGGCAGAGUCUGUACAAACUGUCAGGCCGUUUGUCUUGACAAUAUCAUCAACAACCCUCCCCCUAUUGGCUGCACCGGUGGCGAUCAAGCGUGUCUCUGCAAGAAUGCAAAUUUCCUUCAUGCUGUCCGGGAUUGCGCCGCUGCUGCCUGCACUCAUGAGGCGGUUCCCAAGAUCGUCAAGAAAGCCGAAGACAUGUGUGCAGCUCUAGGAACGGAGUCCAAGCAAGAACCGCAAGAGGACGAAGACGAAGAGUGUGAAGCUCCAGAGCUAUCAACAACUGCCGCCUCGACUCCCUCUGGUUCCUCGACUGCCUCGGGUUUCUCCAGGACCUUGACCCCUUCUAUGACACAAAGUAAGCCGGUUGCCUCUACUCCCAUAACCCUUUCAACUACGACGAAACCCCCAAUUGCCAGUCACACAGUCGUCGCAUCCUCUCGGCCUGUUACCGGUGGAUCCACCAAACCCAGUCCCGCGCCCCUUGCUCAACCCUCUACUAUCCGAGCUGUAGUGAAUAGUGCAGGCUCCCUCUAUAACGUGACCUCCGUGACCUCCAAGGUCACCCCAUCGGGUGAGAUGACUCCGGCGGGUCAGAAGGCUAUUGAGGAUGCCAUGAAGACUAUAAGUGAGACACAAUCAGCAAAUGAGGCCGUCAUUGAGGGAAUGACUGCCGCCGCCGAAGGCCAGACCGCUGCCAACCUGCCCAAGGAGGUCGUUGACCAGAUUGUUAUCUUUGUGCUCGCGCCCAACUGCCCCGUCAGCAACAAGGUGAAGAUUGAAAUAAUCUACUGGCUGUGUUUCGGUGCGACUUCUGAGAAGCGGAGCAGGAUUCUGGCCUCUGUUGAUACUCACAUUUUCACCGAGAUCAAUAUCAUUCUCCAACAGGGGUCCAUGCUUCCUGUGACUCUUCGGACCGCUCUUCACGCAUUUGUUUCGAAGAAUGAUCAAGCUAUUCAGUCUCAUACUGUUGCUGCUUCGUUGAGUGUGUUUGUCACCGAGGUUGCUCCCAAGCUUGUUAGUGAGCAGACUAUUACUGCCAUUGUUGGAUGGCUCACUUGUGCCAAUGCUAAGCCCGAAGAGAUCCCUGGAAGCUUUGGAAGCCUUAUUGGCUCUGGAAUCCCUGGAAGCUCCGGACGUCCUGAAGGUUCCGGAAGUUCCACCUACCCCAGAGGCUCUACAAACUCUGAACAUUCUCAAGGUUCUGAGGGCUCCGAAAGCUCCGGAAGCCAACAAGAGCCUCAGGGCUUCAAUGGCAACGGCAACGUGGAUGGAUCGGCCACCCCCAGUGCGACUGCCACAGUUACAGUGAUGGCCACAGUGACGGCCACUGAAACCGCAUGCACUUCUACCUGUGUGUGUCCUCCCAACUAA